UAUGGUUCCGCGUUACACCAACGCAGAGCCCACGGCGUAGGGGGCGCGUCGCCGCGUACCCUACGCCGUAGGCUACGCUGUGCCCUGCGGCGAAGGCUCUGCGUCGAUUUAACGCAGAAGCUCGCCGCCCUCAGAGGUCCACGACCCGGGGCUCCCGUGACUCCCAGCACUCGCUCACGGCACGGGACUGUGUUAGUCAUGAUGGACCAGAGAAAAUGUAUUUGUUAGUUGCAGCUUCUGUUCGGUGACUUUACUCCCCCCUGGUUUACCGAUUUACUUUCAUAGCCACUUUGUGAUUUUUAUUUUCUUAAGUUUUAGUUUAUUCCCCAUCUCUGGAGCUGCAGCCAUGCAGCAGGAGCUGCUGUUCAAGGUGCUGGUCAUCGGGGACCUGGGGGUGGGGAAGACCUCCAUCAUCAAGCGGUACGUGCACCAGAUCUUCUCCCAGCACUACCGGGCCACCAUCGGGGUGGACUUCGCCCUGAAGGUCCUGCAGUGGGACCAGGACACGGUGAUCCGCCUGCAGCUGUGGGACAUCGCAGGACAGGAGCGCUACGGGAACAUGACCCGUGUCUACUACCGGGAGGCCGUGGGAGCUCUGGUGGUGUUCGAUGUGACGCGGGCGUCCACGUUUGAUGCCGUGUUGAAGUGGAAGGAUGACCUGGACUCCAAGGUGACUCUGAACCACGGACGACCGGUUCCCGCCGUGCUCUUAGCCAACAAGUCGGACCAGAUGGCUUCCCAGCUGCCCAAACUGGACUCCUUCUGCCGGGAGAACGGCUUCGUGUCCUGGUUCGAGACCUCUGCCAAGGAGAACACGAACAUUGAGGAGGCGGCGCGCUGCCUGGUGGAGCACAUCCUGACCAACGAGGAGAGCCCGGUGCUGGAGCGCGAGGCCAGCUCCCUGGUCCUGUCCGGAUACGCCACCCCCACCAAGAGCCAGUUCAACUGCUCGUCGUGUGUGAAGUGGUGACUCCUGAGCAGUCGGGACGUGAACGCUGCCAGAUCGACGGGCCGGACGGCCGGCCGAGGAACUGUGGGGAAAACCAAAGCUCACUCGCCUCCUGGAUCCCAUCUCACAAUAUUAAGUGAAGAGAAAUGUUUUUCCGGGGCCGUGCUCACCUUGUGGAGCAGAAAAUGAUUUUCUACAGAAGUUGUAUUUCUUUUAACAUGUUUGUAAAACGUCUGUUUCAGGAGUUUGUAUAGAUUUUAAAUAAUAUGAACAUUUUGCUGUAUGCUGAAAAAUGUCUUUUUUUUAGAUUUGAAACUAAAUUUUCUGUUUUUCUGUUCUUCAAAAAAUAGAAACGGAUGUUUCAGUGCCUUUAUCUCUAAUUAUUUGCCCCUUAUGAGUGAGUUUAACCAAGAUAAAUGCAAAUGUGGCUGGCCUCUAACAGCUGCACUUGCAAGCAUGUCAUGAGUCCUCUACACGCCCGCAAAUUAUUCUUUCAGAAAUCCUUAGGUGUUGAAAUGACCUUUGAAAUAGAUUUUUUUUUUGUUGGUCAGAUGUUGUUUUGCUCACAAACACCUGGACUCAUUAACAAACUAAAUAGGUCCACCUGUGCAAAGCUGGGAAGAUCUCCAAAAUUAAAUACAUUAAAUACAAGGAUUAUAAAAACACAGGAGUUGCUUAGAAAAUCUAAAUGUUUUGGUUAUGGUCAGAAAUAAAGUUUUGGUCAUUUCAGCACUUGUUUUUCUCCAAACUGGUUAUGAGUAGAAAAUUAAGCUAAUUUUUAAAUGUUUUUGUCAAAAAUCCUUCGUGGGGGAAAGAAUUCGGCAUUACAAGGUUUUGUAAAUAAAAACAAAACAAAACACUCCAAACAUGGUGAAUACGACCAUUGAUGUAACUCCCAUGUCUGGGAUAGACUGACUAUUUUUGUACAUUCAAACCAGACGCUCCAAGGACUCUGAGAUACGAGGCCGAGAAACUGUAUGGAGGACAAAACGUCUUCAUGGGCUUUUUCUCUGGCUGUGUUCAGUGAUUCACAUAUUAUUCCUUGGCAAUAAACCCUGAGCUUUGUGU